GCAGCCAGUCGGCUUCGAUGCCUUCCAGACCCCACUGGUCGGGCGGCGAGCCUCCCAUAUACCCUCUCCCCUCCCCAUCGCCCCGCGUCCGUCUCGGGGGAGCCUGGAACCGUGCCGGGGCCACUUCAUCUAUCUCUCAGCUGGUGCCUCGGCUUGCGGCUUGCACUGAUUGCGAUUCCACUGACGGGCGCCUCCUGUGUGUCGGUCGGUGUUGGCAGGCUCUUUCCUGCGAACAAAGCUCGUUCCAGGGCCAGAUCUCAGUCAUGGUCUUGGCUUACCCUUUUUAAAAACACUCUGAGAGCACCAACCUUUCUGUAGGUUAUCAUUUUAAAAUCUGACACAUGAUCUCACUAGUUGCCCAGGAUGGCCCCGAACUCACUCUAGCCCAGGCUGACCUUGAAUUUGAACUCCUGCCUUGGCCUCCCAAGUAGCUGAGCUGGCAGCCCUGCCUGUGCUACCAGGUCUGGCUCUGUGUAAUUUGUUUCCACUCUUAGAUACAUGUGUGUGCUUCUGUUUAAUACACGCCCUUCCCUGCUGUUAAAUUCUGUAAUGGCAAUGUCUUGGUAACUGCUUAGCUCCCGAUAUAAUGUCUGUACACAGUAAAUAUUAACAAAUCUGUGAAAAACAGGCCCUCUUCUGAUGAGCACUUUGACUCUGUAAUGGAGGCAUUUCAGCAGAGGGGUCAUCCAAGAGUGUGGACCCUGGAGGUGGACCUAUAAUCCCAGCACGCAGGUGGUGGAGGCAGGAGGAUCAGAUUGUUAAAGGCCAGCUCAAAGUAUGAGCCCCUGGUUCAAAUAAUGAAACCAAACCAGAAUCAACAGUGGCAGUCCAUAUUACCUCCCAAGCCACACAAGUGUUUGCAGAGCCCUUGGAAGCCAAAAGUGGGCAUUGGAUCUUCUGGAACUGAAGUUACAGACUGCUGCCAGCUGGAUCUACUAUUAGGUCCUGGACUUGAUUCCAGAUCCUUUGGAGGAGCAGCCAGCACUCUUAACCCCUAAGCCAUUGGUCCUGUCUCCCAAGAACAGUCUUGAUAGCACAUUACAAUCACAUUAGGUAUCAAAAGUCAAAACCAAUAGCUGACCCUGAUCAGUAAACACCGCUGUGAGCAAAAGUUGGUCAGAGGAAUAGAAUCAUCCUUUCGAUUUGUGAAGACCACACUGGUUACAAUGUGGGUAACAGACUGGUGGGGACUGAGGGAGUUUGGGCAAACUGGUGGUAAGGUGUGUGGUUUAACACACAGAAUAGUCAAAUCCGGUGAUGACUGGAUUUGGAAGGGCAGACUCUAGAGGGAGGAAAUAAGCCAGUAGGGUUUAAUUUGACUAGAAGGAAGGGGUUCGAGAGGACUGUUAGAGAUGUGUUUGUUACUGGCCACACAGCCACAUGGAUAUUCCUGUCUACUGAAGACAGCCCCCGUUCACUCCCCGCAAGACACAGUUUUUCUGCCUAGCCCUGGCUGUCCUGGAACUCUUUCUGUAGACCAGGCUGGCCUUGAACUCACAGAGAUCUGCCUGCCUCUGCCUCCGGAACUGGGAUUAACGGGUUGGGAUUAACCUCCCAGCCUGAAUAUAGGUUUAAGUUGGCAAGAAUCAUGAAUUGGUUACCUCGUGAUCUUAUGAGAUAUUCCAUGUGAUAUAAUAUUAUGAUUUAUGCUGUAUCUAAAGUCCUUUUGAGAGUUUCAAGAGAAUUCAUGAUGAGAAUGAGCAACUGUAGGCAGCCAGGUCUAGAGAUCAGGUGAUGGAUAGUAGCAGAAAGUGAGGGUGGGGAAGUCUUGAGGGAUGUGGAGAGGGCCAGUAAAAGGAAGUGCUAGGACUGAUUUUAUGGGCGGCACUGGAAAGGAACUGGAGGAGCAGAAUCAAUGCUUUAUGAUUAUAAAUAAAUUCCCUCAGCCACACAAGCCUGAAAGAUAAGUUGUUCGGGCACAGUAUUUAUAAUAAAAUUGAGUGAGGUGGCUCAGGGCUUAUAUUGCUCUUGCAGAGGACCUGAGUUCACUUUCUAGCAUUUAUGUUGUCUGGCUCACAACUGCCUGUAAUUCAAGCUCCAGGGAAUCAAAUAUCCUUUCCUAGCCUCUGUGGGCACUGCAUGCAUGAGUGCAAACCCAUACAUAGAUGCACAUCCAUAUAUAUAAUUAAAAAUAGAUCAUACAUAGACACACACACAUAUAUAAUUGCAAAUAGAUCAUGAAAAAGAAAUUUUAAAAAUUGAGUAAUAUCAUGACACUGGAAUUGAAAAGCUAGAGAUGUAACAGACCGAUGAUCACUAAGUGAAGAACACACAUCUGUGUGCAGCCCUGGCACAUGCUGUGACAUGCCAUGAACGGAUGUGAUGGCAUGGCACAUGUCAUGUGUUCCCUCUUUGUUUACAUUUUAGUUUAUUUUGGGGGUGUGUAUAUAGAUGAGAGGAAAACAUCCAAGGAUUCUCCUUUACUCUCUGUUCCAGGUCAUCAGGCUUGGUGGCAAGUGUCUACUGUGCCAUCUUGUCCUUCCAUUCCGCACCCCUCCCCCACAAGGUAUCACUAUGUAGCCCUGAAACUUCUUAAAUCCUGACUGAUUUAGUAAGAACAAAAGUAAUUAUUUAGUAUUUCUCUCAUACUAAAAUUGAAGAGUUUGGGAGGUGUUUAAGAGGCAUGGAUGGCUGUUCCGUUCUGUUCCGUUUUCUCUUACUAUCAUCCAUUAGUGUUCCAGGAUCUGGCAUAGACUCUUAAACCUGGGUGCAUAGAAAUACCUGGGGCAUUUACUAAAGCCAUAUUCCCGGAGAUUCUGACUGAAUCUGUCAUAGGGUCCAUCCUCCAUGGCUAAGUGAGCUAUAAGUGGAGGUGACAGCCAUUAGUCUGCUGUCCCUAAACCACCGCCGGCUUCUUCAGUGGGCCAUGUUCUCUCACAGCCAUUGUGUCAUUCAGAUCAGGUUCCUGAGGUUUCUCCUACAGGCAGCUCUCCCUGCCUCUUCCGGUCCCUCUCUCUCUGGUCUUAGUCAGUGGUCUUUUUCUUGUGUUUACCUUCCUUUGAUUUAUCAUGCUUUUUGCCUGUUUUUUCCCCCCACAUUGAACUAAGAGACCCUGGGAAGAGAACUUUUAAUGUGAGACUUCUGCUUAGCAGUCUGUAUAGCACACAGUCAAUUUUUAAGUAUUUGUGAAAUAAUGAAAGAAGGGAAGCCAUGACUUUUUUUUAUGUUGUGACUUAGUCAGGAAUGAUCUCUCCUUCUUUGUGCAUUCAUGGACAUUUCCUGUGACCCUCCCAUCCAAACAUUUUGCCAUUACUAAUUGGCAAGAAUAACCAAGACUGGUCUGGGCAGUCAAUUCUGGAAUAAAAACAGCCAGUGACUGAGCAUCAGGUAAUCCUAGGUUCACAUUCUGACCAGUUUGGGGACUUGGAAAAAUUCAAGAUGCUUGACUUCUUCAUCUGUAAAACAUGGGGAUGACAUUUCCUGCACAGUGGUAUCACUGAGACUCAAUAAAAUAGCUCUUGUAAGCUGGCUAGCCCAUAGCAAGUGUUACAUUUUGAGUUCCUGUCUUUGGGAGACUCCAUGGCAUGACAGAGCUAAAUACUUGCAGAGUCCAGCUCUGCUGUUUAUUAGCUGUGUGCCUUUGGGCAUAUUAUGAUGCUCAGAAGUCUCGUUUGGAGCAUGGACAAAAACACAAUUGUCCCUAUGGGGCACUAUUUUAUCAUCCCUAAUGCUAUUCCUAAUGUCAUUACUAAAGGUGGCAUGAUUUUAGCUAUACUGAAAUUUUGUUGCAUGUUCUGAAAACAAUCUUGAAUUAUCUAUAGAUUAUCAUUUGUAUGGAAGUUCCCUUUUAGUUUGUUUUCUACACAGGCACUGUACCAGUGAGCUGAGUUCCUUAGUUCUGCAGGUCAGUCCCCCAGCCCCCAGUGGUACACACCCAGGUGGCCCUCCUUCAUAAACGUGUGUAUACAUUCUGAACACAUGCUUUCCCUGUGUAACCUGAGCACUGUCCACCUCAGGGGCUCUUUGGAUCCACCUCCUCUCUGCCUCAGCUAGGUAGUCUUUUCAGAUUGUCUUGCCCAGGAUGUUCAGAGAGGCCACAGCCUUGGCCUGUCAUGCUCCAAAAGGACAAAAUGGACUCAGCGUUGUGAAAGCUGAAGAAGAAAAUGUUUGGCGGCGGGACUUCAGUCUUCAGGGAAAGCUGCAGAGGCAGGAGGUUUUCCGCCAGCAGUUUAGACAGUUUGGCUACUCUGACUUCGCUGGGCCCCGGGAGGCCCUGGACCACCUGCAGAAGCUUUGCCAGCAGUGGCUGAGGCCAGAGGAGCACUCCAAGGAGCAGAUCCUGGAGCUGCUGGUGCUGGAGCAGUUUGUGGCCAUCCUGCCUGUGGAGCUGCAGGCCUGGGUGCAGGAGCAUAGACCUGGAAACGGAGAGGAGGCUGUUACUCUGCUGGAGGAGCUGGAGAGAGAAUUUGAUGAACCUAAACAACAGGACACAGCUCAUGGCCAUGAGAUGAUCUGCAGAGAAAUGACACUCAUGGGAACACAGACGUCUCCAAGUAGCCCACUGCAGUCCCUGGAGAACCAUUGCAGGAGUGAAGCCCAGGAGCCCCGGGGUUUCCAGGAGCGAGAUGAGGCAACCCUACCAUUUAGGGUUGAGGAAGGAGAUAGCAAGAUGGUGGCUGACAAAGUAUUGACAGCAAAGCAAGAAAUUGUUGAAUGUGUCCCAGCAGUGGCCGUGGCAUCCCCAGGAAGACUUCCUAGGGCAGCUUCUCCAGUACAGACAGCUGAACAAACUCUGCAGUAUCUGGACACCAAUGAGAAGCAAAGAGGAAAUGAUACAAGCAACAAAAUGAGUCCACUUUCUUCCCAGGAAAGCUAUCUCAGUCUGGCAGCCUUUACCAAGAAACCCUCCGCAGAACAGAGCACCUUGGAGUGUAAUGAAGGGGAAGGACUUCUCAGUCUAAACUUACAUGGUACCGCACAGCCCAGAACACCCACAGGGAAACUGCUCUAUGAGUGCUUGGAUUGUGGGAAAGCUUUCUGCCAUAGGUCAAAGCUGAUUAGACAUCAAAGAAGUCAUACUGGAGAGAGACCUUAUGCAUGUAAAGAAUGUGGAAAAGCCUUUGGUUUCAGAACAGAUCUUGUUCGACAUCAGAGAAUUCACAGUGGUGAAAAACCCUACAAAUGUUCUGACUGUGGAAAAGCUUUCAGGGGCAGCUCCGGGCUUAUUAGGCAUAGGAGAAUUCAUACUGGAGAGAAACCUUACGGUUGUGAUGAAUGUGGGAAAGCCUUCAGCCAGAGCUCUACUCUUAUUCAGCAUAAGAAGAUUCACAGUGGAGACAAAGGCUAUGAAUGUACUGAAUGUGGUAAGGCUUUUAGGAGAAGUUCUGUUCUUAUGGAACAUCAAAGAAUCCAUACUGGUGAGAAACCUUAUGAAUGUAAUGAAUGUGAAAAAUCCUUUAAUCAAAGCUCAGCACUCACCCAGCACCAGAGAACCCACUCUGGGGAAAAACCUUAUGGAUGUUAUGAAUGUAGGAAAAUAUUUAGGCAUAGGUCAGGCCUUAUGCAGCAUCAGAGAACACACACCAGAGUUCAACUCUGUGGGUAAGAGUUGUGUAAUUGUGAAAUGCAGGGAAUUCACUUUGAAGGUUAGACUCCACAAAAAAAUAGAAGUUUCCCGACUGUAGGACUUUUGUCUCUCCAGCCUAGUUCAGUUCUGUAAAAAAAUCCACACAAAAAUGCUUCUAUAUCUAGAUCUUGUCAAUGAAGAAUGGUGAAAAGACUGACCCAUUUCUGAAUGAGGACUCUCACCAAUCUGCUCUUCAUCCCAUUCCUCACUCCAGAUGAGCUGUCUUUGAGCACCUUCAUGUAAGUCCGUGACUGAGACACAGAUCCUGCAAGGUCUCCAGUAAGGUGGCAAAGAUCCCUGUUCAGCAAAGUGUUUGUGUCUGACGGGAGUAGGCAUGUUUUAAGAGUUACUGAACUCUGACAUGUUGAAUUGAGCUAUGAAAUGUCAUGUCCUGAAUCAGUUUAAUAGCUGAGGGAUGGAAGCUCAUUCUGCCCCCUUGCCAGUUCUUUCCACCCUGAGUUUCCUGUUGCAGUCUGCACCCUUAUUUGGUACCUCCUGGGCUUAACCACUGGAAGAACAGACUUGGUCACCACACUCUCAAAAUAAAGGGCUAAUGGA